CGGUGUAAACCAGCAUCUACAGUUCCUUCCUACACGUGACCGAUGAGGUGCGCCAGGGGCUCGCACUUCCUCUCGGUUUGUGUGCAUGCUGUUCCAUAGCAACGGACCAAUGCACCGACUCAAGGCUUCAUUAUUAAAUGGUUCUAGCGAAAUGAACCAGCUAUCCAUUACCAAAAAACACAAGGAAAAAACAGAUGAGACGCAUCUAUCUGGAAGGACCUUGAGAGGGGAGAUUAAAAUGGAACGGGGACCUUGUACCUCAGAGGCAAUCAAUCAAAAUGGUGCAGAUAUUUUAAACCAAAAUGGGAAGCUAACUGCUACCUCAAGCCCCAAGCAACGGCUGAUUGACAAAAUAUUGGCCAGACGUAAAGUUGAGCAGUUUGUCAAGGAAGAAGAGCAUCAUGCACAAAAUAGGAAAUUAGAGGAAGUUAAAGAAAGUUUGAAGAAGGAACUGUUUAAACAUCAGCUACAAAAGAGCCAUUUGGAAGGAGAGUUUAUUAUUCCCUCGUACAUCCAUGACCAUCCAGAUGCCCUGCAGGCAAGAAUUGUUGCGAUUAGGAACAAUCUCCCAGCCAUGGAAGACCGAAUACAAAAACUAAGAUUGAGAGUUUCUAAAGACCAUGAGAAAAAAGUGAUUUCACACAAUGAAGACUCUGUGCGUGAAAGAGCAGAACCGUACCAGAUCAGAAACAUCAACAUGGUUCAAUCAAUACUCAAUGACAUGGUGGAAAAGUUGAUGGACGAUUACAUCCAAAAAGUUCCAGGUGGAAUGGAUUCCUUCUCUGCAGAUAAUUUGGCCCAGAAAAACAUGCAAGAAGCUAAGAGGCUAAUGAAGGAAGUAAAGACGAAUAGAGUCACCAGUCUUGUUAUGGAGCAGAUUGUUUUGGAGGUUACAUAUGAGUUGUCCAAUGAAGCUGCUGAAGAGAUCUACAGUGUGAACCAGAUGAGUCGCUCAUUAGCUUUUGAUGUUAUCUUUAAUGCAGUUCAGAGAAAAAAAAGCCAGAUUCAAAAGCCAAAUGAGCAUCUGAAGCAUACUGGCUCAUCUGAUCACCUGGUAACUUUGCUAUUGGAACAACAAAAAGAUCGAGAGCUACAUAGGAAAGGUUUAUGGGGGUCAAACUCUAGACAUCCAACACCAACAUAAGGAAACAAGAAGGAAAGAAUGCCGAGUUGAUGACUGAAUGUGAUCCUGUGCAUGGUGAUGAUUAACUUGAUGUACUAAGAAAC